AAUACAACUCGGAAACCAGCAUUUAUGCCGAGCCAGCAGCGACGCGCUCGCGUCUCAUGUACCGAGCGUUGCCAUGACAACGGAUAACAAAUAUUGCCAAACUUUCACGACGCCAGAACUGACAGCUAGCCCGAAUGUUCCACGAGGAAUGUACGACGAAACGGUGGUGGUGGACGCGACCGAGAUAGAAAGCCCCAGCUCUGAAGAAGAGGUGGUCAACAUGUCCAAGUUCAAUCCACCAGCGAGGCACACGGCACGGCAUGACUUCGACUCGUCUGAGAGUGACUCCACCCCGGAUAAGUUCGAUAAUUUCUCAGAGGAGGAUGAGUCGCCAGACCGAAAGUCUGGCAAGGAACAAGAGCUGAAGGAAUCGAAAACAGCCGGAGCGGAGAAACAGCGGCACUCGGAUACUGCGCGCGAGUCCUCGAAUUCCGAAUCCGAUAGCGUGGACAUAGAGACAGAACUGAGAGGCACGGAGCCAGUGUUGCCAAAUGUCGGCAGUGGCAAGAAACGUCCUGCUGGUGUUGUCAUCCCCGCAGAGGGGGCGUACGAUCCGAAACAGUUCAUGGAUUUAAAAGUGCCACCGGAAAUGGAGAACAUAUUCCAGUAUAUCAUGAAAUACACACCUCAAAAGAUAGACAUUGAGUUCAAGCUGCAGCCGUUCAUCCCCGAAUACGUGCCCAGCGUGGGGGACACGGAUGCCUUCAUCAAGGUGACGACGCCUGCGUGCGGCACCAGAGGUGAUCCCCUGGCCGAACACGCGCUCGAGUUCAUCGAAAACUUAGGUCUCACGGUACUCGACGAGCCGGCGGCAGAACAGAGCGACUCCGCCCUGCUUCAUUUGCAGCUACGAGCGAUAUCUAAGACCAGCAGCGCCAAGUCCACUGUGUUAACAAAGAAGGUCGAGGACGCUGAGAAAAACCCCCGCGCAAUAGAACGAUGGAUCCGGGACGUGAGCGAGCUGCAUCUCUCCAAACCAGCGCCAACGCUUGCCUACUCGUACAAAAUGCCGGAUAUCGAGAGCUUGAUGGAGGAGUGGCCAGAGAUGAUAGAAGAAACUCUGAACGAUUCUGGUUUCCCUCCGGCGAAUCUAGACUGCUCUAUAUCAGAAUACGUUGAUAUAAUCUGUGCCAUGUUUGACAUUCCAAUACACGGUGACACAUUGAACCACAGAAUACAGGCGUUGCAUUUGUUAUUUAGUCUGUAUUCGGCUGUCAAAAAUUCUCAACUUUACGCAGACCGUAUAAAGGAGGAAAAGGGGCAAUAAAAAUUUUGUGGACUUA